UUCUUUGGUUUCUUCUUCUGCGGAAUCCCUCUCUCUCACCCUUUCUCAUGGCUUCAAUAGCAAUCCAAAUCUUUCUCCUUUCUCUCUCUAAAAACUUUCUCUAGAAUUUCCUCUCUCUUCAGAAAAAAUUUCUCUGAGAAAAUUUCGUAUACUUGUUUACAUUGCUCUCUAUUUUCUCCUUCUGGAUGUGGAUUUAAUCAAUUUAGAAUCAUUGCUCAAGCCUCCCAAUUAUUUUUAUGAGGGUUUUAUGCAAGUAUAUGUGAAGAAAAUGAAACCAAAAUUCAUGCCCAUGAAGUUUCAUGCUUGAUCACUGGAAUUUAAGUGGAGGGCUACAAAAUGCUGAUAAAUCUCUCCCUGAUAUUCAAUUGCUCCUACAACGAAAAGUCCAAUUUUAACGACAUCAAAUGCUGUGUGCUAGAUUGUAGCGCUAAGCCUUGUCUACAAGCUAAUGGUCAAUACUGUGUUGACAGCUUAGACACCUCUAACUGGAGAUUGUUUAAAUUCAACUGAAAGAUUGUUGGUUAUAAUAAUUUGCAAUUUUAAUAAUGGAAAGAUAUACAAUUUUGGAAGAGCUUGGAGAUGGCACUUGUGGCACUGUAUAUAAGGCCAUUGAUUCUAGGACACAUGAGAUUGUUGCUGUUAAGAAGAUGAAGAGAAAGUUCUAUUUUUGGGAAGAAUACUGGAGAUUACGAGAAAUAAAGGUCCUUCGUAGACUGAGUCAUCCCAAUAUCAUAAAAUUGAACGAGGUUGUCAGGGAAAACGAUGAGGUGUUCCUCAUUUUUGAGUACAUGAGAUUGAAUCUCUACCAAAUGAUGAGAGAUCGGCAAAGGCCUUUUUCUGAAGAUGAGAUCCGUAGCUUCAUGGCUCAAGUACUUCAUGGACUUGAUCACAUACAUAAAAAUGGAUAUUUUCAUAGAGAUCUGAAACCUGAGAAUUUGCUGGUGACAAAUGAUGUUCUUAAAAUUGCUGAUUUUGGGCUGGCUAGAGAAGUGUCAUCGAUGCCCCCUUAUACUGAAUAUGUUUCCACACGAUGGUACCGUGCACCAGAAGUCUUGCUGCAGUCGAAGACAUACACUCCUGCAGUUGACAUGUGGGCAGUCGGUGCAAUCCUAGCUGAGCUAUUCACUUUUUCUCCCAUUUUCCCUGGUGAAAGUGAAAUAGAUCAAUUGUUCAAGAUAUGCUGUGUUCUUGGUACACCAGACAUUGCUUCUUUUCCUGAAGGGACAAAUACAUCUCGAUUAUUUGGAAUUAUGAACUAUGAGAAGAUAUCACCAGCAAACCUUUCUGAUGUCAUUCCAAAUGCAAGCCCGGAAGCCAUUGAUUUAAUAUUGCAACUAUGCUCAUGGGACCCAUCAAGGAGGCCAGCUGCAGAUGAGUCAUUACAGCAUCCGUUUUUCAAGGUGACUUGGGUUCCUCGUUUACUACGUGAUCCACUUGAGCUAAAGCUGAGUAACAUGGGGGCACAGCCAAAUCUUGAGCUGAAAUUAUCGGACUUUGGUUCUGAACCCGAGGACUGCUUUCUUGGCUUGACGUUGGCUGUGAAACCCAGUGUUUCAAACUUGGAUGUGGUUCAUGAUGUAUCGCAGGGUGACAAGAAUGCACUAUUUUGCUCUGAUUUGGAAGAUCGUGGGGAACAGUCAGUUUUUUGGUCACUGAUUUCACCCGAGAGAAACGGAAUUCGAGCCCCAGUAGAAACAUCCUUUUCUCUAUCUUUCAGUUCAGUUCAACACUCCACAAUCAUGGGCUCGCAGUCCGGUGGGUUCUCCAUUCCAGCUUUGCAGCCUAACAUCUUGGACGGCCCCUUUUUGGGCAUGUCCUCUACCUUCCCUCGAAGGUCAUUGCCUUUGAGUGAUUGAUUGACUUAAUCUUCUAAUGUCCAUCUGAUAACCGGGGCUGUUUUUUUGUUUUGUUUUGUUUUUUCUCCUCUGUACAGCCUUAGGCUUUAGCUCAGUUAUCUCAUGUAUAAGGAAAUUAUAAGUUCUAAUUUUGUUGGGGGGAAAAGGCAUAUACCACAACCCUUUUUAAGUUAUCUUAUUGAAAUUCACUUCACCCUUGAAUUUCAAGGUACUAUUACUAUUAUGCUUAUACAAGCUGUGUUUUUUCUCUAGUGCUCUCUCUCCCCCCUUGGGGAUGGUGAAGUGUAAUAUAGGUUCAUUUGUGCUUUUUGUAAGAUGUACAUUUCAAAUGGAACAAGGGCAGCAACCUCAUAUGGUAAAGUGCAAGUUAUAUUUU